AUGGUAGCCCUCCCAACAACUGCAGUGGUCGCCGAGCCACUAGAUCUCUUCGAAUGGCUGUCUCUGCUCUGGCGGCUUCCUGUGCUGGUCAUCCAGUUCGUGGGCAAUCUAGCUUCACUAUUCCUAUCGCCCCGUGAAGUCUCCCAACUGGGGCUGCGCCAGAAGCUCUCGCUCGCAUACUUAAAGACCCACGCAACCGUCUUCUCACUCAAGCAGCAGGCCCUCCCACGGAGUAUCCUGUCCGGGCCCAGGAUCCAGAAGUACUGUCGCUGGUAUAAACUACCGCACAGAGCCGUUGCCAUUCCUCUAAACGGUGCAGGUGGGGGUGCAACUCUUGACACCGGCCCAGGAAGCGACAUCCCCAGCCCCGUGCUCCAUUUCGUCACGCCCCGUACCGCACAGCCGGGCGGACCAACGCUCUUCUACAUCCACGGCGGCGGGUACCACGACCCGAUCAUCGAAGACGGGCAUCUCCCUUUUGUUCUCCGCUGCGCGAAAUCAUGUAACGCAGCCCAGGUCGUGUUCUUGGAGUACUCGCUCGCGCCCGAGCACCCAUACCCAAGCCAACUCGUCCAGGCCAUCGCCGGGCUGCGAUAUCUGCUCGAAAAAGAGUCACUCAAGCCAGAGAACCUUGUUCUUGGCGGCGACAGCGCAGGAGGACAUCUAACGCUGAGCCUGCUAGCUCAUAUUGCCAACCCAUCUCCAUACGCUCCACCACUCGACCUGCACAACGGCAGGUUCAAGGCUGCGAUGCUCGUUUCACCCUGGGUGACCAUGACGGAGGAACAGACUCGGGCUCUCUCGGAGUCGAAACACGACUAUGUCCCCGUCCAGCGUGUUCCGUGGAUGCGGGACUUCUUUAAGCCUGCGGAGAGCGAGGUCUGGAGUAACCUCUGGCAGCCGCAAGACGCGGACACGGUUGCGAUGUGGAAGGGGCUGUUUAACCCUGGUGCGAUAUGUAAAAGGGCGAUUGUGGUGGCGGGGACUGAGGAGGUUCUGUUUGAUUCUUGUGUUGGCUUUGGUAGGGACUGCUUGGGGUGCGAGAGUGUGGUUGUUGAUGGGGAUGCUGGGAUUGGGCGUCUCAAGGAAUUGGACUUUGUUCUCGCGAUUGCCCCUGGCGAGGCGCAUGUGCAGCCGGGGCUUGAUGCGUUUCUUGGGUAUUAUCAGGGCCGUUCGAUGAGAGCGAUUUCGACGUUUUUGGAGGGUUGUUAG